AUGAUUGCUAAUGAGGGGGACAAAAAUGCACCGGACUACGACCCUAUGUGUGACAAGAACAACCCUCGCAAAGUUACCUUUGAAGACGUUUCGGCCGCUGCAUUUAGAAUUCAAAGUGGAAUCAUGAAAACACCGUGUUUGGCAUCCCACAUAACUAACAUUUGCAAUGCGGAAGUAUAUUUGAAAUGCGAAUUUCUACAAUACACUGGAAGUUUCAAAGAACGGGGGGCACGCAACGCGCUGCUGCAGCUCAAUGAUCAAACCAGAACCCGAGGAGUGGCUGCCGCUUCCCUUGGCAACCAUUCACAGGGUAUAAGCUACCACGGCAAGAUGUUGAAUAUACCAGUAACGGUUGUGAUGCCUGGCGUCGCGCCACUUGUGAAGCUCGAGAAAUGUCGUGGAUUCGGAGCUAACGUUGUCGUCCACGGUGCUAAUAUGAUGGACGCCAAAAAAGAAGCUAUAAGACUCGCUAAGGAAAACGGUCAAGUUUACAUAAAUGGAUAUGACCACCCGGACAUCAUCGCCGGGCAAGGCACCAUCGGGCUGGAGAUCCUGGAGCAGGUGCCGGACGUGGACGCGGUGCUGGUACCGGUGGGCGGCGGCGGGCUGCUGGCUGGCAUCAUCAUCGCUGUCAAGCAUCUCAAGCCCAGCACGCUGGUUUAUGGAGUAGAGACAGAUAAAUGCGCCAGUAUGGCUACUUCACUGAAGAAAGGCGAGCCGGUAGCCUGCGACGUAUCAAGAACAUUAGCCGACGGGCUAGCGGUUGGUCUUGUAGGGUACAACUCCUUCUUCAACAUCAAACCCCUCGUUGAUAAAAUGGUAGUGGUGACGGAGGACUGGGCGGCGCGCUCUAUCCUGCGCAUAGUGGAGUUGGAGAAAUACGUAGUGGAGGGGGGCGGGGCCGUCGCGUGCGCUGCCAUCUUGUCCGGCCUAGUGCCCGAACUCGAUGGUAAGAAAGUGGUUUGCGUCCUGUCCGGGGGUAACAUCGACACGUCGAUCCUGUCGGUGUGUCUCGACCGCGGGCUGGUGGCCGAGCAGCGAAUGGUCAAGUUCAAGGUGAAUGUGAGCUGCAGUCCCGGCAGCCUGGCCAGACUUUGCGAACUCAUCGGAUCCAUUGGAGUCUCCAUCAAAGACAUAGGCCAAGAGCGUGCUUGGCUUAAGGGAAAUAUAUUCAGUGUCCGAGUGAAAGUGGUUUGUGAGACAACCGGACCCGAGAACGUAAAUCAACUACGGGAACUGAUGGCCGCAAAUUACAAGGAUGUAUUCUUUCUCAAGGACCACCAGGGAACUGAAACUACUAGACACAUAUCUCUAACGGAAUCUCUUGAAGAAGUUCAUAGAAAAAAAUAA